AUGGCCGGCGAUGCUUCGACGCUCAUUACAAAGCGCUUGCACAUAUCCGGGCUCACGAGCCAGUUCAACCGGGCAGCACUGAGUGAACGCCUGUCGUCCUUCGGCACAGUCCUGGAUCUAGAGGGAUCCGAUGACUCUUACGUCAAUGCCGUAGGCGAAAGACGCCCGUACGCAUUCGUGACCCUGCGCACAACACCACAGCAACUUGCCAAGUGCAUGAACACACUCAGCGGAGCCGUGUGGAAAGGCGCCAAACUCCGUGUUGGGGAGGCCAAGCCACCAUGGCAUGAACGCCUGGCUGCUGAGCGGACGAAGCAUACUCCAGCAGAUGAGCAGUGUACCGCUCUUGAGAAGCGAAAGAAACAGCUUCGCAAGCGACCAUGGAUCGGCAUGGAAGCGCAUGAUAUGCGUCCUAUGACUCUCGAGCGUGUCAAUGAGACCCAUGCAUGGGGCUGGAAGUCGACACCAGCUGGUCAUCUUAUUCGGCCCAUGCAUAUGCGGCCAUCUCAUCCUAUACCCAAACCAGCAGAUCACGAAAUGCGCGCAAACCUUCACGGGCGGCAUGCGCUUUCUCGCGCACCGCGUGUGACGAUUGAUCCAACUCGCUAUCACCGCGAACAUUUGUCUGAACGCAUGUUCGAUGCUAUGACUGAUCAUGACGACACACAUCUCCACUGGGUUUGGGAUAGCGAUGCGCAUGAAUGGCUCGCCUAUAAUGAGAAAGGCCAUUGUGUCGGCCAAGAGGCAGGGCCGGCACGACGUACUCGACCUGUUCAACUUCCAUUGGGUCCCAGCGGCGACAGUUGCGCAUCAUGGGGCGUCCACCGCAUGGAUUCGGAUAGGGAAGAAGAAUCCCUCGAACCGACAUCUCCUAGCCACGAUGUGCCUGAUGCACUCUUUGAUAAGAGCGAGGUAUCGGAGGAGCUGUUCGAUACACCGCCGCAGACCAAGUCGACGAGUUGGUGGGAUGAGCCAGAACCGGAAUGGAAGUUGGAGCCAAAGCCGGCGCCGAGUCGCUCACCCACACCAGAACGCCCAUCAAAUGCAAGCGGUCAACAUCUUGACUCAAUGCACGACCGAGAAGCGACUUACUCUACGGCUGAGCCUUGGAACGACUCUGACUUUUCCGAUGGGUAUGAAGAAACUGAACAUGCGCCAGCGUCCUCAACGAAUGAGCGUGAGCGAGCUCUUGGCAUGCUCCAGUCCAUGUUUGGCUCUCAAGACUCUGAAGCACCGGAGCCUGCCGAGUCGUCUUCUAUUCUCAUGCCAGACGAGGGUCGGAGCGAGGUACAUGCAGCUGUAGAAGGCAGGCCACUUGCUGGGGAGGGCAACAGCUCAGUCCAUGCCACUUUGCAUGCGGACCAAAUCAAAGGGCCCACAACAGCAUCCGCUCCGUCAUCGUCCACAGUGUUACCGGCUCGUUCUCUUCAACAGCAACAAGCUACGGCUCACGACGCUCCCGCCGCCUCACAUACUGCUGAUGGUGAUGCUGAUGGUGAUGCCACAGCGAAUCCCAUCCGCUUGGAUCGUCUCAAGGACAUGUUCCAGCCUACAGAAGAGUCUGGGGCUUUCACUUUGUUCGGGGACAUAGACGAAGAGAACAUGUCUAUGGACGACGAUGCCGUGGCUGGGAUCCUUGGCCAUGCGUCUGCUCGCACCGAGUCAGACCAUGCAGAUCAAAGGUUAUCACGGCCUCCCACGUCUUCGACGACCACAGCAGCGGCGACGACACAUAUCCCGCCUUUCACCACACCUUUUACGCUUUCACAGCAAAUUCCCAGCCUUUUGCCGACGCUUUUCCAGCUUGGCUCGACACCUUUCUGGCAAGUCGAUUCCGACGAGGCCAUUCGUGAGAAUUGGCUUGCGAAACGUUCCGAGCUCACGCAGACGUAUCGGAGCAUGCAUCGCGAUGCUAUCAAGAAACGGAGGCGUCGCGUAGCUGGCUCGCGCGCCGCCGGUGCAGAACAUGGUGGGUCAGCUCCGAUUCGAGGCGUUUUACAGGAUCCUUCAUCCGCAUAA